GUUCUGCUAGCCCCAUUUUGAAAGAAAACAGCUGACAUUGAUCAUUCAUGGCGUUACCGCUAAUUCUCCGUCUUGGUAGUCAAUAUUGUGGAAAACAAAUUAAAAUACGUGGAAGGAAAUUGUCAUCUGUGCCCUUGAAUCCAGUUUCAGGGCUAAAUGUCUUUGAUUCAUAUUCUAAGAAAAAGUCACCUCUUUUGACAAAGCAUCCAAAUAUUCUGACCUGGUACAUCUGUGGCCCAACUGUGUAUGACUUUGCUCAUAUUGGCCAUGCAUGGUGCUACGUGAACUUUGAUAUCAUGAGAAGGAUUAUGGAGCAAUAUUUUAACCUGAAUGUCAUUCAAGUUAUGAACAUAACAGACAUUGAUGACAAAAUAAUUCAAAAAGCCAUUGAUGAGAAAGUUGAUUUCAAAGAAGUCUCCAGCAAGUAUGAAAUGGCAUUCUUAAAUGAUUUGGAUAGCCUUUCAGUUCAGAAACCAACGGUACUGACCAAAGUAUCUGAUUUUAUUCCUCAAAUAAUAUCCUUCAUUGAAGCAUUACUCCAUCGAGAGUUAGCCUAUACAACUGACGAUGGAUCUGUGUACUUUAACCUAAACACCUAUGUAAAAAGAUAUGAAUAUGGAAAGCUAAAGCCGUUCCAGAUGUCAACUGUGGAGUUGAAAAACUCAAGGAACUAUAACGAUUUCGCAUUGUGGAAAGCAGCCAAGUCUGAUACUGAACCUAGCUGGACACCCAGCUGGGGUGGUAAAGGAAGACCCGGAUGGCAUAUUGAAUGUUCUGCCAUGGCUAGUUACGUUUUUGGCCCAUCGGUUGAUGUCCAUUCGGGAGGCAUAGAUUUACUCUUUCCUCACCACGAAAACGAAGAAGCUCAAUGUUGCGCCUACCAUGAAAUUCCCCAGUGGGUUGGACACUGGAUACAUAGUAAUCUUUUGCGUUUGUCCGGUGGCACUAAAAUGUCGAAGUCCUUGAAGAACACAGUUAGCAUCAAAGAAUUUUUGCAAACAUAUUCAGCAGACCAGUUUCGUAUGAUGUGCCUUCUAUCCAGUUAUCGAAAUGACAUGGAGUUAACUGAGGCUUCUUUGAGGCUGGCGAAAGAUUUCUUGGAUGUUGUUCGUGAAUUUUUCAUAGAAUGUCGUUUUUUUCUCCGGAACAACACUAAUAUGCUUCAAUCUUCGAUUGAUUCCAAGUUGUUACUGACUAGCUUAGUAGAAACUGAAUCAAUGGUCAAAAGUCACUUAGGAGACGAUUUCAACACUGCCCAAGCCACUAGUGCUGUUAGAAAGUUGAUAUUGUUAACUCGAAAAGAAAUUAAUAAUUCAAGUAUCGGGAAUCGGAAAGCAACGGAUCACAAUCCUGGGAUCGCAGCUGUGGCCAGUGUACUGAACUUUGUAUCCAAAUACUUCAGCAAUCUUGGAUUAACUUCUGCCGGAAAUCUGGUUAAUACCAUGGAAAUGGACGCAUCUUUGAUUAUCGAUAAUUUUGUUGAAUUUAGAAGUCAAAUCCGCCAAUGUGCCUUAGAUAUGAAGUCUAAUCAACAGGGAAAGGAUGAUUCUUCUAGUACAGUCAAUACUAGAAAAAUUUUACUAACGGCCUGUGAUCGAAUUAGAGAAGAUUUGAAGCUUAAAGGAAUACAGCUAAAGGAUCAAGAGAAAACCACGACUUGGACUUUGGUGAGAUAGUCGUAAAUCAUUUUUGGAUAACGAUUUCAUUAACGAUCAACCGUGCUGUGAAUACAGUAACAAUUCGCAGCAGUCUUUAGAUCGAUUUUAUUCAUUCCGCAAUAUUUUUUUAAAAACAUUUUUGUAUUUGUUUCUUCUACGGUUGUUCACAGGCGUUUCAAAGAUGCUGCAACACCAUGUGUCGCAAAGGUUUUCGUGAAGUGCCAUUCGAUGUAAGCUAGAGAUGGCUUUUUAUUAUCUUCUUAAACUAAAUCACACCUCAAGUUCUUUUAUAAUCAGUGGAAUCCGUUAAUUCCGUUACCGCUAAACGUUUUGGAAUUUUUAAAAACCGAAUAUGAUUUAUCCGCAAGCAGACAAUUUUGGAUAUAUUUUGGCUGUAAGCUGUCUUUUCAUACUUACAUGAUAUUCGCUUUCAACUUGUUCCUACUGUUGUUUGUUUCUGUUUUUAACCGGAGACUUACAUCUGAGAACGAAAUUUUUCGAAGCGAUAAACCGGGUAAAGAAGUUUCGCUUAGUUUUUGUUGGUUUUUCAGCCUUCACUUUCGGGAACCCUUUACAUCUGGCGCUGUUCCCUUACAUUAUUUGAAUGUUUUGCGUCUGUUACUCACAAAAUUUUCUUUCCAAUUUCACCUCCGCCUUAGUAACCAACCGAAUGCUACCCACAACGGUGGGGAUAAUCCAACUUUGAAUUAUUUUCAAGAUGUGACCUUGAGAAGAAAUAUUUGAAAUUCGGGAGCUCUUGUUUCUGUAACGUGCUAUAUAUGCCGUUGUUUUGCAAAUCAAAUGAUGACCUCACUACACGCGGAAUUUGUUUAAUUA